AAACAGUCGUGUAGUGAAAAAUCUGGCUUCUGUUGGUGACUUAAAUUUGAAAAAUGGAGAAAACUGAGACUUUUAAAAAAAGACCCGGUACAACGGACAAGGGUAGAGACUAUGAAGAUGUGGUACUCGCCAAUGUUGUGCUAAGACUAUUAAACGACUCCACAGUAAAAACGUUCCAUAUUUCAUCAAAUGAUAUUGAUUUUGGGGCGUUUGAUGAUUUGGUCAUUAAACUUGCAUCGGAUAAGGGAAACGACAUUCAGGUUAAAGCGGUGCAGUUAAAACACACCGAGAGGAAAGUACUCUCUCUAGAAAAUCUGCGAACCGCAAAAGGAGAUUUUAGUAUUACAAAAUAUUUUAAAAGUUACCAACAAAUUAAGAAAAAGCCGGAUGAAUUGAUUUUGUUUACAAAUCGGGCGUUUAACCCACCCGAAAACGCAACCUUCCAACUUGAGGACGAAGGAUUUUACGUCAAGCUUAUUAAAAGAGAAGUUAGCUCAGAGAUUUCAGAAAAUAUUAGUCACGUUUAUCAGUUUGAAACAGUAGAUGAUCAAUCGACAGUGGAGAAUUUUCCCAGAAUUCAAGAAUAUCAGGAAUUUUUUCGCAAGUUUUUUCUCUAUACCGACCAAGAAAAUUGUGAUACUCUGAAAACAAUAACCGCUAACAAAUUCAAGACAACAUAUUGUUCGGAUAACGAAACAUUCGGUAAAUUCCUCAGAACAGUGGCUGCGUGGAACGUCGAAGAUGGGAAGAAAGAAAAGAUAGAUAAAAAGUGGGCACAGCUUGUGCUUGCGCUGCAUCUGCUGUCCUCUCAUACUGAGUCUCUUUCUUUCGGUCCAGUUAAUGAGAAAAUGAAAAUUUUUCGGGAAGCGAUUUCCUUCUUUGGUGUCACACUGAUUGAAGAGGAAUCAGUCGAAACGGUUAAGCAAAUGUGGGGUGAUGUCGGACAGGAAAAAACUGUUGACUUUAAGGAAUUAAAUAAAGUUAGAAGGAGAUAUCUACCUACUCUCGCACAUAUUAAAGACACCGACAUCGAUACCGUAGAUCCCAAAGCGUUCACUCAACUGUUGUGGUUAAUGGACGAAUGUCCAUUAAUUUUACGUGCAUGGGAAAAGAUGAAAAAUAUAAUACAGCUGUGUCCCGACAAAAAAUUCGUUUUGGUUGGAGGAACUAAAGAUGAGGAAUGGGUGAAAAACUAUUCCGUGUUCCAAAAUCUGUCAGACUUGAGUUUGAAGCCCGAAAUUCACAAAAAUGUAAUGCAAAAUUUUACCAUUUCGAUUCAGGGAAAGGGCGAACUUGAUCUUGUAACAUCUUUUGGCAGUGAUGAAGAUUUUUUCAAAAAUGUUUCAACUGAUAUCCUCGUCGAAAUGCUGAACGGUACAUGUUGCGUUGGAGGAACAAAAGAAACACUAGCCGAAGCUUAUAUAGAACGCUAUAUUUCGCGAAAUGUCAUUGAUAAUACAUAUUUAGAAAAAGUUCACCAAAACACAAUUAUUAUUUUAAAUUCUGCCAAUAAUAUAAACAAACUUAAAAGCAAACUCGAUAAAUGUGAAGUAAUUGACAUUAAUAACUUCUUACUGAAAAAAAAUCCGAAUGGCGAAAAUUUUAAAAAUAAUGACUUUAACGUUAAUGAACCUAACUUUAAUAACAUAAAUUACGUAGGUAACAGGAAAAAAAUUGAGCUAAAUUCUAAUCUUCACGACAACAAAUAUGAAUUUAUGUUUGAUAAAUCAAGUUUUAAUAACAAAGUUUACGUUGGUACUAGACACUAUAAUGAUUCUGAACUUCAACAAAUUUAUAACGAGCACAAAACAACAAAACAGUUUCAUUAUUUUAAAAUUUUGAGUGACGGAAAUUUAGAAUGGCUUUGUAGCAGAGGUGAUGUUAGUAAUCUAGAGGCGUACAAAUUGCCUGACGCAUAUCCUACCGAAGAAAAUGCCUUGUGGUCUUCUCGGUUAGAUUAUAACAUCAAUCUUAUAACUGCAGAUCCAGGAAUGGGUAAAACCGAGUUGGUGAAAAGCUUAAAAAAUACAUGUUCUUGCGAAUACUGGACGGUUUUGAUUACUCCCAAGGACGUUAAUUUAUUUUUUCACAAACCCAAUUUCUCUAAAACAGAUAAUAAUUGUUCAGAUUUAUUUGUAAAAUUCAUCAUAAAUAAAAAAUAUGAGUCGCUCAAAAAACUAGACCUAUUGUUUUACGAAAUGUAUAAAGAAAAACAUCGUAAUUUACGUGUGGGACGCACUCGAUGAAAUCUUAAAUGACAAUUUAUAUGCCGCUUUAAAUAUAAUUCUCCAUCUUUCAACAAAAGGGUUCCGUCAGUGGGUUACAAGCAGACGACAUUUAAAAUCAACUCUAGAAAAUAAAUUCAAUUUGUUGUCACUUGGUAUAAAUCAAUUUAAUGAACACGAACAAGAAAAAUAUAUCAGAAAACGUCUAAAAUCUUUUAAUUCAGAAACCAGCAUUGACGUAACGCUCGAAAAAAUCAAAUCAUCUUUUGCGAUUGUAGGACACAUAGAUAUACUAGGUAUCCCUCUCCAAAUAUUCAUGCUUACCGAACUGUUCCGUGAAAAUAACGAAAAAUAUUUGAAACUUUUCGAUAACACAUUCGUCUUGACUGACCUUUACGAAUAUUUUAUUCAGGAAAAAUUUAAUAACUUUUACAAAGACAAAAUUGGAUACGAUUUAGGAAAUCCCCAAAUGGAAGUUAUAGUCUGUGAAAAAAAACGAAAGGCUGCAGAAUAUUACGAACGUGUGUCCUUUAGAGUAAUAUUUGAAGAAGAAAUUACGCAGCGACUGAAUAUUGAUUACGAAAAAUGUGUACAAAAACUUUUACGAAAUUAUGCCCCUCUGUGUCUUGUAAAUGACUUUCAAAAUGAUGUUCCACGUUUUGUGCACAGUUCCUUCGCAGAGUAUCUAGUUGCUAGAAACUUUUCAAAAAAUAUUAAUAAUUUUAAAGACACAAUUGCGGACUUGUUGUUUGACGCAAGGUAUAACAACGUUCGAUUCUUUUUUGACAUGUUGUUGGCUAAAAACUCAAAAGCUCACAUUGCUGUAUUGUAUAAACGUUACGAGUUACUUAAAACGUACGACGACGAAAUUUUGAAUU